UGUGUGUAUAAUUUUUUACCUGGCAGUGUUGUGUUUACCGUUUUAAAACAAAGAAGUGCAAUGGUGAGUGAGAAUAUAAACUGCCUGAAGAUUAUGAGUGCAAUGUGGAAAUUAACUGUCUCGUGUUUAUCACUUUUGAAUUACUCCGUGUGUAGCAUAAUACCUAGGUAUGAAAUUCAAGGAACAUCCGUUUUACUAGACUGCAGUAUAGCUUCAACGGAAGGCACUUCAUUAGUUUGGAAUGGGCCACAACAAGAUGGCGCACUGUAUGCAGAAUCAGGAAAUAUUAACACAGAAUUACCCCAAGAUCUGGAAAAUCGUUUAUUUAUAACUGGCGACCGAAGUAAAGGAAAUUUCGAUUUACGAGUUGUAAACGCCCAAAUAGGCGAUGAAGGGCUUUACAAUUGCUCAGUACAGAAUGGCAACCUAAUAAAAUCAUAUAACCUAAUAUUUCCAGCAUUGGUUACAUCAACUGAUGCUAGUUAUAAUCGGUACAUGUUGAUCGAUUCAGAGUUGCAGAAACUUUUCGUAGGACAAAUGAACACUCUAAGCCUUAUAGAACUGUCAGACGUUGUAUAUCCUGUCAACUCUAGAACCAUUGAUUUUCUACCGGAAGCAGAUAAGCUAAAUUACUGUACUCUUUCACAUCCUACGACACCCUAUUGUCAAAAUCACAUAAAAUUCAUUACCAAGAAGAAUGCAGACACGAUGAUUUUGUGUGGAACAAACGCAAAUUCCGCAAAAGGUUUUGAACUCAAUAUAACGGACAUGACGUUUAGCAGUUCGGUUGUUCCAUGUGCAAACGAUCCGUUUGAUAAUUGUACAGCUUUAUAUACUAAAAGUCCAGAUGGUGGAAACAUUAUGUACUAUGCUUCGACGUCACACACAGAGUCUACAAUUCAAAGACCAAUACCUGGUACUACUGAUUAUAUGAAAGGAGUUAUAAGUGAAAAAUGGAUGAAAGAUCCUCAGUUUGUUGGUUCUUUUGAUGUUGAUGAUCGAGUGUUGAUUUUCUUCCGUGAAACUGCUGUAGAAACUGAUCCAGCAGAGAAGAAAGUAUAUUCGAGAGUAGCAAAAGUUUGCAAGCAUGAUAUUGGAGGUAACUCACUUUUAAGAAAUAAAUGGACAAGCUAUCAAAAAGUGCGGCUUGAUUGUUUGAUUCCAGGAGACAUUCCAGUGAGGUUCGACUCUAUACAAGACGUUGUAAUGAAAGACAAAGUGUUCUAUGGUGUAUUUAUAACCACAACUGGAACACCAGCAUCAGCAAUAUGCGCAUUUAAUCUAUCAAGUAUUGAUGCUGCGCUUGAGGGUUCGUUUAAAGAGCAAACAUCUGCCAAUACGUUCUGGACAGAGGUGACAACUGUUCCAACACCUAGACCAGGCCAAUGUACAAACGAUUCAAUGUCUCUCAGCGAAAGUGUUCUGCAGUUUAUAGCUGAUCAUCCAUUAAUGCAUCAAACAGUGCAGCCAAUGUAUGAAAAACCAAUAUUUGUUAUGGACGACGAAGAACUUCAAGAGCUUGAACUACACAGCAAUAUGACAGAAAUCGUGUUCUAUGCAGCAUCAAAUACAGGAAAAGUUUAUAAGUUAUUCUUUAAAAAUGGGAACACGUAUACUACGAGUACUUACGAACCAUUGAGGUCUUUGGAAGUUAUUUGGACUCUUAAACAACACGAUGAUGCAGUGUUUAUCGGUACAGAUUUCUCUGUUAGACGUAUACGAGUUAUCAACUGUGAGAAACACAUAUGGAUAGAUGAAUGCGUAAAAGAUCCUCAUUGUGGAUGGGUGAAUAGGACAGAUAAUGAAUAUCAAUGGUACAACAGAUGCCGUACCAUAGAAUAUAUCAACGACAAUAAUCUACAGAGAUUCGUUGGAAAAAGCAGACUAAGAACAUUUGGGACUGUAACUGAUGUUUAUACACAUGAAAACUAUGAUAUAUCAAUUAUCACACCGAAAUCCUGUCCUCCAGAAAAACCUCAAUAUCUUCGUGCAACACAGACGACUGCAUAUACACUUGAACUAAGGUGGAUACCUGGAUUUGAUGGCGGUCACGAUCAGACGUUUGUUAUACAAUAUAUAUCUAACACAGGUUCUUGUGUUAACGUUACUGUUAAUCCUACUGAUUCGGAUGACGAUCCACAGAUAUAUGAACUGUCUGGUCUUCAGCCGUCAAAUGUGUAUGAAGUUAAAUUGUGUUCAAAAAAUAAAAUUGGAACCAGUCCGCACACAGAUCCUAUAAUGGUAUCAACCUCAAAUUCAGGUUUAACCUUGGCGUCUUUAAAAGGCGACGAAGAUCAAGUACUUGACCAUCCCGAUGGAAUAGCAUUACUGAUAAUGUUAUUUAUUGUGGUAAUUGUUACAAAUGUCGGUACAUUUGUUUAUGUAAGGAAAAAAUAUUUAAAUACAACGAAAGAUGAUCCAGAAAAAUAUCCAAAAGAAUAUAAAAAGAAAACGCAGAUAUCUCAAAUCAGACAAACGGACAUGCCACAACCUCAUGAUAUAGAUAUUCCAGCGAAAACUAUCCAAGUUUUGCCUAAGUUACAUCCCAUUGGAACUGAACUGAAAGAACUCAAACAAAAAGUCGACGAAGAAUUAGAUACAACAAAAGAUGAUCAAGAAAAAGAUCAAAAAGAACAUAAAAAGAGUACGGAGAUAUCUCAAAUAAAACAAUCAGUUGAUGGAACGGACAUGACACAACUUAAUGAUACAAAUAUCCGUGCGAAAGGUAACCAAGUUUCGCCUAAGUUACCUCCCAUUGGGACUGCACUGAAAUCACGGAAACAAGAAGUCGACGAAGGUGAUAAUUCAAAAAAGAGGAGAAGAAAAAACAAGAAAAAACAGGAUGAACAGGAACUCCUUAAUAAGGAAUAAUGAAAUAAUGACAUCAACGUCAAAUCAUUAGUCUGAUUUUAAACUGUAAACAUUGUAGAUGUUUCUGUUUAUGACAGACGAACAUGCAGAAAAGACACAUUGAAAUUGGAAUGAAUGGAAGUUAUUGAUAAACAGGUUAUUAAAAGCUGUCAACGCGUCUAGAAUAAACUAAAAUGUGAUAUUUUGUUGUAUUUUUAUUUCAAUUUACAAUUGCAUAUUUUUUAUUUUUAUGUGGAUUUCUAUAUUUGUGUACGAAAAUGUAUACACAUAAUAAUAUAUGCAUAUAAUGUGAUAGAACAAAACUCCAGCGGAGAUAAUGACAGACAUGCUGAUAAUAGUUUCCACUGAUUUGGCUAUACUUUUUGGACCUUUUGGAUUAUAGCUCUUCAUCUUUUAUAUAAGCUUUGGAUUUCAAAUAUUUGGCCACGAGCAUCACUGAAGAGACAUGAAUUGUCGAAAUGCGCAUCUGAUGCAAGAAAAUUGGUACCGUUAAUUUUAUUCCACACUUAUCAAAAAGUCGUAUAAUCAACACCUGGGGUUUUAUAUUAAAUUGAAGAUGAUAUUUUGUUUUUAAUUUCAAGAAUGUAACUUUACAUUUGAAAUCAAUUACAAAAUUUCAAAAUUUGAAAUUAAAAUCAGGAAAGAACUAUUUCCACUUAAACCUGUAAAACAUACGAAAAUAACCUGUACCAUGUCAUAAAUAUGACAGAUGUUUUCAUUUCGUUUGUUGUGUGUGUACUUCCGAUACUGACCCAACAUCAUAUAAAUAAACAUUUUCGUCAAUCUGUAGUCCUAUGCAUAUGACACUGCAAUUAAGCAUAUUUCGUGAAAUAAAGUAAACCCAUUUUUGCAACAAUAUAACACUAAAAUAAUGUAAUAUAAAGCUUAUUUCAGGUGAAUAUUUUCAAUAUACUUUUGCUGAAUGUAUUCAUAUUUAAAUUGCUUAAUUAAACGUGCGAUUUUUAAAGCAAAACAAAACAGAAUAAAGAAAAAUACCACAUAAAUAAUAUAUUUACUGUUAAGCAGCAGGUACCUUUAUACAUGGGAUCUUUUGAAAUUGUAGUUAAUAAUAAUUUCUGAUGUAGAAAUAUCUUAUGUACGAAAACAAGUUCUAUGGAAGAUGUGUUUAAAAGGAGAAUAUAAAUCCAAUUGGUUUGUCUUAUUAAUUCCUAACAAUCCAACAUCCAAAUCUUAUUAUUAUCGAUUGA